CUUGCCCCUCCCCAUGAGCAGGAGUAGGUGGGAGUGGCCUGGACUCUCAUCAGCACCAGAAGCUUCGCCCGAGAGAAAGCGAGAAACAUGGCGGAGAUCAGCAGCAUCACCCCCGGCUUCGAUAUGUCUCCAGUAGCAGCGGGCUUUGUGGGAGCAGCUGUUCUGGUGAUCUCCGUCUCGGUGACGGUUUUUAUCUGGACUUGUUGCCAUCACCGGGCACAAAAGAAACUGAAGAACCCUCCGUACAAGUUCAUACAUAUGCUGAAGGGUAUCAGUAUCUAUCCCGAGUCACUGACCAACAAAAAGAAAACCGUCAACAUCCGGCGAGACAAGCCCCCUCCGGAGAGCGAUCCUGCCCACAAUACCCUUAUGGGGAACCAUGGAGAGCUUGGUUUGAUGAGUUCUGAGAAGGGUCCUAACGGGCUGGCCACUGCAACCUGCACAGACCAGCUGCCUGUUCAUUCCAGUUAUGGUGAUGAAUUCAGUCCAGGGCAGAGCCUGACUUCUAGCGGCAGCAAAUCUUCAUCCCCAUCAUCUCCAGAUGCCGACACCACCCUUGGCACCCUCAGUCUCUCUGUGGAUUAUAACUUUCCCAAGAAAGCCUUGGUGGUCACUAUCCAAGAGGCUCAUGGCCUCCCUGUUAUGGAUGAGCACUCUCAGUGCUCCGACCCAUUCAUCAAGAUGACCAUACUGCCAGACAAGAAGCAUCGCGUCAAGACCCGGGUGCUUCGCAAGACCCUCGACCCAGUGUUCGACGAGACCUUCACUUUUUAUGGGAUUCCAUACAGUCAGCUCCAGGACCUGGUACUUCACUUUCUGGUUCUGAGCUUUGAUCGCUUUUCUCGUGAUGAUGUCAUUGGGGAGGUAUUGGUUCCUCUUGCAGGGGUGGACCCCAGCACUGGCAAAGUACAAAUUACCAGAGAUAUCAUCAAGAGGAACUUUCAGAAAUGCAUGAGUCGAGGGGAGCUGCAGGUGUCGCUCUCCUACCAUCCGGUGGCGCAGAGAAUGACCGUGGUGGUGCUGAAAGCCAAACACCUGCCCAGGAUGGACAUCACCGGCCUCUCAGGUAACCCAUACGUCAAGGUGAACGUGUACUACAGCAGGAAGCGCAUUGCCAAGAAGAAGACUCACGUUAAGAAGUGUACGCUGAAUCCGGUCUUUAACGAGUCCUUCAUCUAUGACAUUCCCACCGACCUUCUUCCAGACAUCAGCAUCGAGUUCCUCGUCAUCGACUUUGACCGCACCGUUAAGAAUCAGGUGAUAGGUCGGGUCAUUUUAGGCGCUCACAGCGUUACCGCCAACGGAGUUGAACACUGGCGGGAGGUCUGCGAGAACCCACGGAAGCCGGUGGCCAAGUGGCACUGCCUGAGCGAGUACUAACCGUUGGGACCGUUUGGGUGUAAGGUUGAACACGUAUCAGGAGGGGGCUAGAAGGGCUGAAGCCGUGCAGUGGCAGGAAAGAUCCAUUUUGUGUAUCCUUGUAUAACCCCACCAGUGACCAGGGCACCUACUGGAGGUCGGCCCAUUGCAGAUGGUGUUCACCUCGUAUUAGUGGUAGAUGAAACUUUUUAUAGGCAGUUGGCUCUUACAACGACACGCAGAACAUUCUAACCCUAAAUAUUUACUAACGAGAGCAUAAGAAAUCUCUACGUAUGUAUUCCUAUUCAGGACUGUACUCACUUGAUUGCAUGUUUACGACACACUUGGAUUUCUGAACCCUUUCUAGAACUCCAUGUUGACCCUGUGGCCAAACUCCUUGUUAGCCCUGUGCAUGUCAGGCACACCUUGCUACCGCGUGGGUUGGAAGAGAGCUCAGCGCGUUCCUAGGGCCGCUGAGAGGCGAUACGGAAGCUUCUCACUGAUGUACAGGGCGGGGUAGGUACUUAUCAACCCGGGAUAUUCCACAGCCUUGUAUGUGCUUGUGCUCCGUUCUGCCUCGGACCAGUUCAUUCAAUAUGUAUGAGGCAGUAACCUGUGGAGACCAGUAAGGUGACCAAAGACUGGGCAGGUCAGACAUUACUGUUGCCCCACGUAGACAUUAUAGCCCUUGCCGUCAGGCAUGAUCUGCAUCUCUCUGUAGCAAAGGGGAGCUUGGAAACGGAUCAUUUUCCCUUCAGUCAGCCCAUAGCAAUACUUGUAACCCCAUAUUGUACCCCCCAUGAAGUCCUUAGCAGCCCCCUGUAGAUGGUCAGACUGUGAGUCUACAGGGAAUACAAGCUUAGAGGGGCUUUUACUAAUGUCUAACAGCCCCAUGUCUAUCUUUCAACUGGCUACAGGCACGACCCCCCCGACUGUGUGUGGCCCCUCAUUCACUGCCAUUGUGCUGUAGGUAGCCCUGAGCAACACUAUUAUGCACUGAACUUUACCCUGCAGCCAUGGGAAGACUAUUUGCCCCCCCUGUAGCGAUGCUGAAUAUUGCGCCCCCAUCAGCAAUGCAUCGCGUGCCAGAAACCAUUUACUCACGCACUGUAUACUUACCUUUGUGUCGGGACCCACAAAUGGGCUUUUAAUACAAUAUUUCCCUACAAUAA